AUGAACAAAUCCAAGAAAUGCACGGAUUUAUUCAAUCAGGAAACGGGCGAUGUCGACUUCUGCGGCGUCUCAUGGCAAGGCGCUGCCAUCCUCAUUACCAAGUUCCAGAUUGGUCUCGGAGCUCUCAGCCUUCCAUCCACUUUCCACGUUCUGGGAUUCUUCCCUGGCAUCUUAUGUUUCAUCAUCCUGGCUCUGAUAACAACGGUGGCUGGCUAUAUGUGUGGGAACGCUCGGCAAUACUAUCCUCAUAUGCAUAGCAUUGGCGAUGCAGCCGAGUUGCUCUUCGGAAAAGGAGCACGAGAGCUAGUCGGUGCAAUAUACUAUGUCUAUCUUGCCCUAGUAGCUGGAGCAGGAAUGCUUGCCACUUCUGUCGCACUCAACACGUUGUCUGAUCAUGGUGCUUGCUCUAUGAUCUUUGUCGCUGUCACCUCCGCCAGUGCCCUUGUCCUUGGGACGGGAUUUAGGUCUCUAGAAAAGGUAUCCUGGCUCAGCUGGAUUGGCGUUGCUGGCAUUAUCGUCGCCAUUUGGAUCACAGCAAUCGCAUGCCUCACCCAAAGUCGACCAGCCGCAGCCCCAUUGACUGGCCCGAUCAACCUAGACAUCCGUGCCUUUCCCAACGCAAGCUUCUCCGAGGCAAUGGCAGCAAUAUCCAGCCAAUUAUUUACCCUGGGUGCAUCAGGCACAUUUUUCUCCGUUUCGGCAGAGAUGAGGAGCCCCGAGCUUUUUACCCGCUCCCUGAUCUGUGGUCAGUCAUUUAUUGUUAUAACAAAUAUAGCCAUCUCUUCUAUUAUGUACGCCAAGGUUGGUCAGUAUCUCGCAAGCCCAGCCCUAGGAUCAGCUGGCCCUUUGAUUAAAAAGGUCUCAUAUGGCAUCGCAUUACCAGGCUUAGUUGUAACAGCCGUUCUCUGGAGUCAUGUUGCAGCAAAAUACUGGUUCGUCAGGAUUCUUCGCGGCACGCCACAUCUUCAAUCUAAUACCGUCGUGCACUGGUCUGUCUGGGUUGGAUCCAUGGUUGUCACCGUGAUAUUUGGAUUUGUCAUCGUUGGAGUCGUACCUUUUUUUGACAAUUUCUUGAGCUUGGUUGGCGCACUGGUAAAUCCCGUCUUCACUAACAUUGUUCCUGGCUUCAUGCUUCUUUAUUUUCUUGCUAAAAGACCUACAAGGGCGGUGGAUGGGGUCCAGCAUGUAGACACGGAACGCUCAGCUUCAGUGAGAAAGUGGCUACUGGAGGCAUUCAAGGCAUAUCGAAAUGGGUGGAAGGAAGUCAUGGUGCUUAUUCUUGCAUGUUUUAUGAUACUCACGGGGGCACUUAUCAUCGUUGGGGGUACUUAUGCAACGGUUCUAGUGAUCAAGGCAUCCUAUGACGAAGGAAGAGUAUCGGGCGUCUUCUCAUGUGCAGACUCCUCCUAG